ACUGUGUUGGGCGUGAGGCGGUGAGUGCGUCAGAUCGUUGGGGCCCCGCGCACGGCUGACUUCUCUCCUGCUCUGCAAGGCUGACGACUUUGAAGAUGAGGGUGUGGAUAGUCUUCGUCCUGUGCCUGGCCGGCCACGCCUUGGCUGCUCCUGAGACUGAGGUGGGCACCAACCCAGUGCAGGUGGAGGUUGGAGAGUUCGACGAGGCCAUCGACGUGGUUGAAGAUGUUGCUGCUGAGAAUCCCUGCCUGAACUAUCACUGCAAGAAGGGCAAAGUGUGUGAGGUGGAUGAGGGAAACACCCCCAUGUGUGUGUGCCAGGACCCCUCCACCUGCCCCGCGGCCGAGGGGGAGUUUGAGCACAUCUGCGGCACCGACAACAAGACCUACGACACCUCCUGCCACUUCUUUGCCACCAAAUGCACCCUGGAAGGGACCAAGAAGGGCCACAAGCUGCACCUGGACUACAUCGGACCCUGCAAAUCCAUCGAGCCCUGCAUGGACAACGAGCUGAACGAGUUCCCUCUGAGGAUGAGGGACUGGCUGAAGAACGUCCUGGUGACUCUGUACGAGCGCGACGAGGACAACAACCUGCUGACAGAGAAGCAGAAGCUCAGGGUGAAGAAGAUCUACGAGAACGAGAAGAGACUGGAAGCCGGCGAGCACUCUCUGGACCUGCUGGCCCGCGACUUCGAGAAGAACUACAACAUGUACAUCUUCCCCGUCCACUGGCAGUUCGGACAGCUGGACCAGCACCCCAUCGACGGGUACCUGACCCACUCGGAGCUCGCCCCCCUGCGCGCUCCUCUCAUUCCCAUGGAGCACUGCACCACCCGCUUCUUUGAAGCCUGCGACUUGGACGGCGACAAAUACAUCGCCCUGGAGGAGUGGGCUUCCUGCUUCGGCGUCAAAGAGCAGGACGUGGACAAAGACCUCGUCAUCUAAAGUUCCUCUAACGAGCUGCAGCCCAACGGCAGAAAAACCGUAGUUCUACUAACCAGACCAGGUGCUGACCCUCCACAAGUUUAAAAAAAAAAGAUAGCUAAGGUGCUAACUGCUAACUCUUUUUUCAUUUUGUUUUUAAAUAUUGAUCCUUCCUACCUAUACCACUAAAAAAAAUUUCCAAAAGAGAAACGUGCACAGUCUGUACUAACCUGUUGAGAAAACAUUUGAGUUUUUUUUUUUUAAUGAAACACCUUGUAAACAAAAACUAAAGAACCUCUGAUGUAAAUUUACAUGUUUGACAUUAUGUCUAUGUUUUGAUGUGUUCAGGGCUUUUUUUUAUUUUAAAUUCGAGUUCAGUUUGAAGCUUUUUUUUCUUCCAGAGAAUCAAACUGUAAAGUGGAAAAUAAAGUUUCUGAAUAAACGCUCCCUCUGCUUGCUUUCUACAAAACAAAACUGCUCCGUUUUUCCUCUCUUUGGGUUUUGUUCUCAUUUUUUUACUGUUUUCUAUUGUUUUUUUCCCCAUCUGUGUUUCUUCUGUGACAAAGACACGUAUGUUUGCGCUGAUUUUAGAAAAUAUUAGAGAAGAUAUCUGCUGGAAUGAGGAGGAAACCUCGCAGGCUGAGAGUUUUUCCCCUCCAUAAUAAAAUGUUUCUGCUGACUCUGAGAGCUAAAACCAUUUUUCUCCUGAAUAAAACUGUGAAAAAGUU